GAAGAAGGAGGGGUAAAAGGGGCUGCUGAGGGAGCCGGGCCACUCCUCCGCGGGCUCCGCAGCGCAGGCGCCCUGGCAGCUACCGCAGGCAGGGGGCGGCAACAUGGCGGAGUGAGCGGCGGCAGCGGCGGCGGUGCUGGCUCCACAACAACAGCGGGGGCUGCGGAGCGGCUCUCUGCCCCCCCCGUCGCCCUCGCCGGUUUCCUCCCUCGGCCGGCUGGUAAUCCCGCGGAGGCUUUUCCCGCCUCUGCUUGGAGAGGAGCGGGCAAGAAGCUGCUCCGGCUAACGGGGCAGCGGAGCCCAUAAUAAUCUCAUUAUAGAGUCGAGCGGGGGAGCGGCUCCUGGGACGGUCUUUCGGCGAGGCGACGGCGGCUUGGUCCGGUUUAGCGGCCCCCGCCGGCGCUGCUCCUGCCCGUGGUCUUGCAGCUGCGGUGGAAGCGCAGCUUCUCGUUCAGGGAGGAGCGCGGCGGCAGGCAGGGUCAGCAGCAGCAGCAGAGGCUAGAUGGCGAGCGACAAGCCCGUGUCGGGGCCGGAGCCGCAACCGGCGGGUCUCAUCCCUGUCGGGGCCAGCAGCACCGGCGGAGCUUCAGCCCCACCACCUGCUCUAGCAGCGGUGGCCGGAGGUGGCGGCGGCGGCGGCGGCAGCAGCUCCUCUGCGGCCGUGAUGGGGGAGCUGAGGGCAUCGGGCUCCGGCUCGGUCGUGCUGCCCGCCGGGAUGAUUAAUCCGUCCGUGCCCAUCCGCAACAUCCGCAUGAAAUUUGCCGUGUUGAUCGGACUCAUUCAAGUCGGGGAGGUCAGCAACCGGGACAUCGUGGAGACGGUGUUGAACCUGUUGGUUGGUGGAGAAUUUGAUCUAGAGAUGAACUUUAUAAUCCAAGAUGCAGAAAGUAUAACAUGCAUGUCAGAACUUUUAGAGCACUGUGAUGUAACAUGUCAAGCAGAAAUUUGGAGUAUGUUCACUGCCAUCCUUCGUAAAAGUGUCCGGAAUUUACAGACCAGUACAGAAGUUGGUUUAAUUGAACAAGUGCUAUUGAAGAUGAGUACUGUGGAUGAUAUGAUUGCAGAUCUUCUCGUUGAUAUGUUGGGGGUUCUUGCCAGCUACAGCAUUACUGUUAAGGAAUUGAAGCUUUUGUUCAGCAUGCUUCGUGGUGAAAAUGGAAUCUGGCCUAGACAUGCAGUCAAGCUGUUAUCAGUCCUUAAUCAGAUGCCACAGAGGCAUGGUCCUGAUACUUUUUUCAACUUUCCAGGAUGCAGUGCUGCAGCAAUUGCAUUGCCUCCAAUUGCCAAGUGGCCUUAUCAAAAUGGGUUUACGCUUAAUACUUGGUUUCGCAUGGAUCCAUUAAAUAAUAUUAAUGUAGAUAAAGAUAAACCAUAUCUUUAUUGUUUUCGCACCAGCAAAGGGGUUGGCUAUUCUGCACAUUUUGUUGGUAACUGUUUAAUAGUCACAUCAUUGAAGUCAAAAGGCAAAGGUUUUCAACAUUGUGUGAAGUAUGAUUUUCAGCCUCGUAAGUGGUACAUGAUCAGCAUUGUGCACAUCUACAAUCGCUGGAGAAAUAGUGAAAUUCGUUGUUACGUUAAUGGACAGCUAGUAUCCUAUGGGGACAUGGCUUGGCAUGUGAAUACAAAUGAUAGCUAUGACAAAUGUUUUUUGGGAUCAUCUGAAACUGCUGAUGCAAAUAGGGUUUUCUGUGGUCAACUUGGAGCAGUGUAUGUAUUCACUGAAGCUCUUAAUCCAGCACAGAUUUUUGCUGUACAUCAGUUAGGACCUGGAUACAAGAGUACUUUCAAAUUUAAAUCUGAAAGUGAUAUUCACCUUGCUGAACACCAUAAGCAAGUUCUGUAUGAUGGGAAACUUGCAAGUAGUAUUGCUUUCACCUACAAUGCUAAGGCUACAGAUGCUCAACUAUGCCUUGAAUCUUCACCAAAGGAAAACCCUUCAAUUUUUGUACAUUCUCCCCAUGCGCUUAUGCUUCAGGAUGUGAAAGCGAUUGUGACACAUUCUAUCCACAGUGCAAUUCAUUCAAUAGGAGGAAUCCAAGUUCUUUUUCCUCUUUUUGCUCAAUUAGACAAUAGGCAACUUCAUGACAGUCAAGUGGAAACAACUGUCUGUGCUACACUUUUGGCUUUCUUGGUGGAGCUCCUUAAGAGUUCAGUAGCCAUGCAAGAACAAAUGCUGGGUGGAAAAGGAUUCCUUGUGAUUGGUUAUCUUCUUGAAAAAUCAUCCAGAGUUCAUAUAACGAGAGCUGUACUGGAACAGUUUCUGUCUUUUGCAAAAUACCUUGAUGGGCUCUCUCAUGGAGCACCUCUAUUAAAGCAAUUAUGCGACCAUAUCCUUUUUAAUCCUGCUAUUUGGAUUCAUACUCCUGCAAAGGUUCAGUUAUCACUAUAUACUUACUUGUCUGCUGAAUUCAUUGGUACUGCUACUAUCUACAAUACGAUACGUAGAGUAGGAACAGUAUUACAACUAAUGCACACACUAAAAUAUUACUACUGGGUGGUUAAUCCUGCAGACAGCAGUGGAAUUACUCCAAAAGGUUUGGAAGGUCCUCGUCCAUCCCAGAAGGAAAUCAUAUCUCUGCGCGCAUUCAUGCUUCUAUUUUUGAAGCAGCUUAUUUUGAAGGAUCGGGGAGUAAAAGAAGAUGAACUACAAAGUAUAUUGAAUUAUUUACUAACUAUGCAUGAGGAUGAAAAUAUUCAUGAUGUGCUUCAGUUGCUUGUGGCUUUAAUGUCUGAACAUCCAGCAUCUAUGAUACCUGCCUUUGAUCAAAGAAACGGAAUACGGGUAAUCUAUAAAUUAUUGGCUUCAAAAAGUGAAAGUAUUUGGGUUCAGGCUCUAAAAGUGCUAGGAUACUUUCUCAAACAUCUGGGCCAUAAGCGAAAAGUUGAAAUCAUGCAUACACAUAGUCUGUUUACUCUUCUUGGAGAGAGGUUGAUGUUACAUACCAAUACUUUGACGAUUACAACUUACAACACACUGUAUGAGAUCUUGACUGAACAAGUCUGCACACAAGUUGUUCAUAAACCACAUCCAGAACCAGAUUCUACCGUGAAAAUUCAAAAUCCAAUGAUCCUGAAAGUGGUGGCCACAUUAUUAAAGAAUUCUGCACCAAGUGCAGAACUCAUGGAGGUUCGGCGUUUAUUUUUAUCAGAUAUGAUCAAGCUUUUCAGUAAUAGCCGUGAAAAUAGAAGGUGCUUACUUCAGUGUUCAGUAUGGCAAGAUUGGAUGUUUUCUUUGGGAUAUAUUAAUCCUAAGAACUCUGAAGAACAAAAAAUUACUGAGAUGGUGUAUAACAUCUUUCGUAUUCUUUUAUAUCAUGCAAUAAAAUACGAAUGGGGAGGAUGGAGGGUCUGGGUUGAUACACUUUCCAUAGCCCAUUCAAAGGUUACCUAUGAAGCUCACAAGGAGUACCUAGCAAAAAUGUAUGAGGAAUACCAAAGACAGGAAGAGGAGAAUAUCAAGAAGGGGAAAAAAGGGAAUGUGAGUACUAUCUCAGGCCUUUCAUCUCAGACAACUGGAGCAAAAGGUGCAAUGGAGAUUCGUGAAAUUGAAGAUCUUUCGCAAAGCCAAAGUCCAGAAAGUGAAACAGACUACCCAGUCAGCACAGAUUCCAGAGAUUUACUCAUUGCAACAAAAGUAUGUGAUGAUGUGCUUGGAAAUGCAGAUAGACCUGGGAGUGGUGUACAUGUAGAGGUUCACGAUCUGUUAGUUGAUAUAAAAGCAGAAAAGGUGGAAGCCACAGAAGUAAAGUUGGAUGAUAUGGAUCUGUCACCAGAGACUUUGGUAACCAGAGAAAAUGGAACCCUUGUGGAAGUAGAAUCUUUAUUAGACAAUGUAUAUAGUGCUGCAGUUGAAAAACUUCAGAACAAUGUUCAUGGGAGUGUUGGCAUAAUUAAGAAAAGUGAAGAGAAGGACAACGGUCCCUUAAUUACACUUGCUGAUGAUAAAGAUGAACCUCCUCAUAACAGCACCUCAUUUCUCUUUGAUAAAAUAUCUAGUCAAGAAGAGAAGCUGCUCCCUGAAUUGUCUAGCAAUCACAUUACUAUUGCCAAUAUUCAAGAGACUCAAAUUCAUCUUGGUGUGAAUAAUGACCUUGGGCUUCUUUCUCAUAUGUCUAGUAGUACUGAUAUAGCAUGUAGUUCAAGCAUAAUAGAAGACAAGGAAUUUAAAAUUCAUACUUCUGUUGAUGCAAUUGAUUCACUAUCUGAAAGAGACUUGGCUUCAUCCUCUAAAGGAUUAGAAUAUACUGAAAUGGCAGCUACAACUCUUGAAACUGAGUCUUCUGGGAAAACUGUAUCAAAUGUAGAUGGAGGGAGUAUCAUAUCAGAUACCGAAAGAUCUGAUGAUGGAAAAGAAGUAGGGAAGGAAAUAAGAAAAAUACAGACAACGACCACAACCCAAGCUGUGCAAGGUCGUUCUAUUACACAACAAGAUAGAGACUUGCGUGUUGACUUGGGAUUUCGAGGAAUGCCAAUGACAGAAGAACAGAGGCGACAAUUCAGCCCAGGUCCACGAACAACAAUGUUCCGUAUUCCAGAAUUUAAAUGGUCCCCCAUGCACCAAAGAUUACUGACUGAUCUACUAUUUGCUUUAGAAACUGAUGUGCAUGUUUGGAGGAGUCAUUCCACAAAAUCAGUUAUGGACUUUGUCAAUAGUAAUGAAAAUAUUAUUUUUGUACAUAAUACAAUCCACCUCAUUUCUCAAAUGGUAGACAAUAUUAUUAUUGCUUGUGGAGGAAUUCUGCCACUGUUGUCUGCUGCAACAUCCCCAACUGGUUCUAAGACGGAAUUGGAGAAUAUAGAAGUAACUCAGGGUAUGUCAGCGGAGACAGCAGUAACUUUUCUCAGCCGGUUGAUGGCUAUGGUUGAUGUACUAGUAUUUGCCAGUUCACUAAAUUUUAGUGAAAUUGAAGCUGAAAAAAAUAUGUCUUCUGGAGGUUUAAUGCGACAGUGUCUAAGGCUUGUUUGUUGUGUUGCUGUGAGAAACUGUUUGGAAUGUCGACAAAGACAAAGAGAGAAAGUAAACAAAUCUUCACUAAUCUGCAGUAAAACACAAGAGACUCUUCAGGGCAUAAGUGCAACUACUACUACCAAGACUCCAUUGGAAAAUGUUCCUGGUAACCUAUCUCCAAUUAAGGAUCCAGAUAGGCUUCUUCAAGAUGUUGAUAUUAAUCGACUGCGAGCAGUUGUAUUUCGUGAUGUGGAUGAUAGCAAACAGGCACAAUUUUUAGCUUUGGCUGUGGUUUACUUCAUUUCUGUUUUAAUGGUCUCCAAAUAUCGGGAUAUUCUUGAACCACAACGAGAAACUGCAAGGUCUGGAAGCCAGGCAGGUAGAAAUAUCAGGCAAGAAAUAAAUUCACCAACAAGUACAGUUGUGGUUAUACCAUCUAUCCCACACCCAAGUUUGAACCAUGGAUUCCUUGCCAAGUUAAUACCUGAACAGAGUUUUACUCACUCAUUUUAUAAAGAAACUCCUGUUGUAUUUCCAGACAAUAUCAAAGAAAAAGAAACUCCAACACCAAUUGAAGAUAUUCCAUUGGAAAGCUCUAUUCCUCACACUGACUCUGGAAUUGAAGAGGAACAAAUACCCAGUAUUUUAAAUGGGACAGAUUUAGAAACAAGCCCUGGUCCAGAUGCUAUGAGUGAAUUGCUAUCUACUUUGUCAUCUGAGGUGAAGAAAUCUCAGGAAAGUUUAACGGAGAGUCCCAAUGAAAUUCUGAAGCCUGCAUCUUCAAUAUCAAGUAUUAGCCAAAGCAAAGGUAUUAAUGUUAAAGAAAUUUUGAAAAGUCUGGUAGCAGCACCGGUUGAAAUUCCAGAAUGUGGACCUGAUCCGAUUCCUUAUCCUGAUCCUGCACUGAAAAGAGAAGCUCAGCCUAUUCUUCCAAUGCAGUUUCAUUCUUUUGACAGAAGUGUUGUAGUUCCAGUGAAAAAACCUCCCCCUGGAAGUCUAGCAGUCACCACAGUUGGAACUACCACAGCUGGAAGUGGACUACCACCAAGCAGUACGCCAAAUAUAUUUGCUGCCACAGGAGCUACCCCAAAAAGUAUGAUAAAUACAACAGGUGCAGUAGAUUCAGGAUCUUCAUCAUCAUCGUCAUCAUCUAGCUUUGUGAAUGGUGCUACUAGUAAGAAUCUCCCUGCUGUUCAAACUGUUGCACCAAUGCCAGAGGAUACAGCUGAAAACAUGAGCAUAACCACGAAACUUGAAAGAGCUUUGGAAAAAGUGGCUCCUCUUCUUCGGGAAAUCUUUGUGGAUUUUGCCCCAUUCCUAUCCCGCACUUUGUUGGGCAGUCAUGGGCAAGAGCUCCUAAUAGAAGGACUGGUUUGCAUGAAAUCAAGCACCUCAGUGGUUGAACUUGUUAUGCUUCUUUGUUCACAAGAAUGGCAAAAUUCUAUUCAGAAGAAUGCUGGACUUGCUUUUAUUGAGCUCAUCAAUGAAGGAAGAUUAUUGUGUCAUGCAAUGAAGGAUCACAUUGUAAGAGUUGCAAAUGAAGCAGAGUUUAUUUUGAACAGACAAAGAGCUGAAGAUGUACACAAACAUGCAGAAUUUGAGUCUCAAUGUGCCCAAUAUGCUGCUGAUAGAAGAGAAGAGGAGAAGAUGUGUGAUCACCUUAUCAGUGCAGCCAAGCAUCGUGAUCAUGUUACCGCAAAUCAGCUGAAGCAGAAAAUACUGAAUAUUCUUACAAAUAAGCAUGGUGCUUGGGGAGCUGUUUCAUAUAGCCAACUGCAUGAUUUUUGGCGCUUAGAUUACUGGGAAGAUGAUCUUCGCCGGCGGAGGCGGUUUGUUCGCAAUGCUUUUGGUUCCACCCAUUCUGAUGCGUUGCUCAAAGCUGCUGGAGAAUAUGGAACUGAAGAAGAUGUGGUAAAAUCAAAGAAAACCUUUCGAAGUCAAGCUGUUGUCAACCAAAAUGCUGAAACUGAACUCAUGCUAGAAGGGGAUGAUGAUGCUGUCAGUCUGUUACAAGAGAAGGAGAUUGAUAAUCUUGCAGGGCCCGUGGUCCUCAGCACACCGGCGCAGCUUAUAGCCCCAGUGGUAGUGGCCAAGGGGACGCUCUCCAUUACCACCACCGAAAUCUACUUCGAGGUGGACGAGGAUGAUUCGGCCUUCAAGAAAAUCGACCCAAAAGUCCUUGCUUAUACAGAAGGCCUUCAUGGAAAAUGGAUGUUCAGUGAAAUUCGAGCGGUUUUCUCAAGACGUUACCUUCUUCAGAAUACGGCCUUGGAAGUAUUCAUGGCAAACAGAACUUCUGUAAUGUUUAAUUUUCCUGAUCAAGCAACAGUGAAAAAAGUUGUAUACAGCUUACCUCGUGUUGGAGUGGGAACCAGCUAUGGCUUACCACAAGCAAGACGAAUUUCUCUGGCUACUCCUCGUCAACUCUAUAAAUCUUCCAAUAUGACUCAGCGGUGGCAGAGAAGGGAGAUUUCAAAUUUUGAAUACCUGAUGUUUCUCAAUACUAUAGCUGGGCGUACUUACAAUGAUCUCAAUCAGUAUCCUGUGUUUCCAUGGGUACUAACAAAUUAUGAAUCGGAGGAGUUAGAUCUAACCUUGCCAGGAAACUUCAGAGAUCUAUCAAAGCCCAUUGGUGCUUUAAAUCCAAAGAGAGCUGUCUUUUAUGCAGAACGCUAUGAGACAUGGGAAAAUGAUCAAACUCCACCUUAUCAUUAUAACACUCAUUAUUCUACAUCUACAUGUACAUUAGCCUGGCUUGUUCGCAUUGAGCCUUUUACAACUUUCUUCCUCAAUGCAAAUGAUGGUAAAUUUGAUCAUCCAGAUCGAACUUUUUCUUCAGUGGCAAGAUCAUGGAGAAAUAGCCAACGAGACACUUCAGAUGUCAAAGAACUAAUUCCAGAGUUUUACUAUCUGCCAGAAAUGUUUGUCAACAGUAAUGGAUAUAAUUUUGGAGCCAGGGAAGAUGAAAUUAUUGUGAAUGAUGUUGAGCUUCCCCCUUGGGCCAAGAAGCCUGAAGACUUUGUCCGCAUCAAUCGAAUGGCUCUGGAAAGUGAAUUUGUAUCUUGUCAGCUUCACCAGUGGAUUGAUCUCAUAUUUGGCUAUAAGCAACGAGGGCCAGAAGCAGUGCGGGCACUUAAUGUUUUCCAUUACUUGACAUAUGAAGGUUCCAUAAACCUUGACAGUAUCACUGAUCCUGUUCUCAGAGAAGCCAUGGAGGCACAGAUACAGAACUUUGGACAGACGCCAUCUCAGUUGCUUAUCGAGCCACAUCCUCCUCGGAGCUCUGCUAUGCACCUGUGUUUCCUUCCACAGAGCCCACUUAUGUUUAAAGAUCAGAUGCAGCAAGAUGUUAUAAUGGUGCUCAAAUUUCCAUCAAAUUCUCCUGUCACACACGUGGCAGCCAAUACACUCCCACACCUUACAAUUCCUGCAGUGGUAACUGUGACCUGCAGCCGGCUUUUUGCAGUAAAUAGAUGGCACAACACAGUAGGCCUUAGGGGAGCGCCAGGAUAUUCUCUAGAUCAAGCUCAUCAUCUUCCUAUUGAAAUGGAUCCAUUGAUUGCCAAUAACUCUGGUGUGAAUAAACGGCAGAUCACAGACCUUGUGGAUCAAAGCAUUCAAAUCAAUGCUCAUUGCUUUGUGGUCACAGCAGAUAAUCGCUACAUUCUUAUCUGUGGUUUCUGGGACAAGAGCUUUCGAGUUUAUUCAACAGAAACAGGCAAACUAACACAGAUUGUAUUUGGCCAUUGGGAUGUAGUCACUUGUCUUGCCAGAUCAGAGUCUUAUAUUGGUGGGGACUGCUACAUUGUCUCUGGCUCUCGGGAUGCUACUUUGCUGUUGUGGUAUUGGAGUGGCCGACAUCAUAUCAUUGGUGACAAUCCAAACAGCAGUGACUAUCCUGCUCCCAGAGCUGUUCUAACUGGUCAUGAUCAUGAAGUUGUCUGCGUAUCAGUGUGUGCUGAGCUGGGACUUGUCAUAAGUGGUGCUAAAGAAGGACCUUGUCUGGUACACACAAUUACUGGAGAUUUGCUGAGAGCACUAGAAGGAACAGAAAAUUGUUUGUAUCCACGCCUAAUAUCUGUCUCUAGCGAAGGCCACUGUAUCAUCUAUUAUGAACGAGGAAGAUUCAGCAAUUUCAGCAUUAAUGGAAAACUUUUGGCCCAGAUGGAAAUCAAUGAUUCAACCAGGGCUAUCCUUCUGAGCAGUGAUGGGCAGAAUCUAGUUACAGGUGGUGAUAAUGGAGUAGUAGAAGUAUGGCAAGCUUGUGACUUCAAACAACUCUACAUUUAUCCUGGCUGUGAUGCUGGCAUUAGGGCAAUGGACCUAUCCCAUGAUCAGAGGACUCUAAUUACCGGCAUGGCAUCUGGUAGCAUUGUAGCUUUUAAUAUAGAUUUUAAUCGUUGGCAUUAUGAGCAUCAGAAUAGAUAUUAAACCAGAGUGAAGAACUGAAAGCAAAGAUUACACUGAGAGCACAAGUGCUACUGAAAGGUAUCUCUGGUGGAAAAAAGAAAUCUGCAUUGACCUCCGUUGUACAUUCCAUUACACCCAGCAAUAGCUGUACAUUGUAGUCAGCAACCAUUUUAUUUUGUGUGUUUUUUCACAACUGAACACCAGCUGCUGCAGAAGCGAGCUUGUAUCAUGUAAAUUAUAAUGACUUACUAGAUGUUUUGGUAAUUAUUUCAUAUACUUUUGUUUACUGAGAAAAGGUAGAAGAACACAUCACAAGAGACUUUUGAAUAUUCUGAGGAACUUGUGUCUGGCUAUUAUAUGGUUUGGGCCAUGACUCUAGCAUCCAUUUCCCAUUUCCUAGCCUCUUUUCAAGCUGAUCAAUUAAAAGGAAAAAAACCCUACGUUUGAUACUUUGUACAUCAGAUGCACAUCUUAACUUUAAAGGGAUAAUUUUGUAAAAGUAAAGCCUUGUAUAAAAAACAAAAACUGUUUCUUAAUUUUAUUGUGGAGUUACAACUUGCAUGUACUUUAAGCCUGAUGUCUGAAAACCACAUCCACAAGUUGAACUGAAAGCUGUCCAAGGCCCAGCUUGUAUUUAAAGAUUGAAAUGGGGUUCAAGCUGCAAUGGAGCCAUUGCCACUGAAACAUGGUCUGCAUAUUUCAGUCUAGAGCCACCCCUUCUAAAUGAAGUUUUGCUCAUUACAUGAAGCAUUUGGAUAUGAAGCCAUUGUUUGCCGUAGUUAUGCAUUUUUAAAAAAUAAUUUUCCCUUAAAAAUUAAUAAUGUGAUUGACAGACAGGAGCAUGGUUAAGAUGAUAUGCUACAGCGCUUUAUGAUUUCCACCAAAGCAAGAUUGCUAGACUUCUAGAUUCAUCACAUUUGGCAUACUAUACAUUGCAGGGAGAGAGCAACUAAGAUUUUUCUCUUAAAUUCUUUGGAAAUAAAGCUUGGUUAAAAGCAAAUUUAGCUUCAUUGGGGUUAUUCUUUUGAAUAUUUUUAAAACUCAUAUGUUUAACACACAUUUUACAUUGAAAGCACUCAUAUUUGACAGUACUGUAAUAAUGACUAUCAGAAUAAUUUUCUGCACAUACUUCAAAUCAUGUAACAUACCCAGGGGUAUAUACACUUUACUUCAUGUUUCUUCUUUGUAUAUUUGGUGACUGUAUUGUCAUAGAUGUACAUAUUGUGUCGGUAGGGCUAUGAGGCAUGUAACAGGAAUGUAAUUUUCUCAGACUUUACACUCACUCACAGUCAUUUAUUUAAAAAAAAACACAAGAUAAUGGAUUCUUUGUACUGGCACUUUGGCACCAGAAACUUAUUAUUUAUUGACGUGGUUCUUAUUUGUUACUCACCUUGUAUUAGUAAGUUUUAGCACUAAAUACCUUCUUCAUUGUUGUUUGUAUUAAUAAGAUUCUGAAAUCAUGGGGAAUCAAUGUAAUGAUUAAGUUAUUCAUCAUUGGUCUGUAAGCAAUAUCUUGAGUUUGUAGCUUAGAACUGGGAGAAUACUGAACAUCUGGAAGAUAAGUUCAUUUCAUCUCAAGAUCAUGGUGAAAUAUUUUGGCUAUAUAAAUUCCUUAAGCUAUUGUAACCAUGUUUUAUUGCAAAAAUGUAAAAUAUGCCAGAUGUGCGUGAGUUGGAAAUCAAAAAAGAAAAAUAAAAUAUGCAAAGAA